AUGAAGUUCUUCGACGUUGCCGUCACAUUCACUGCAGACCAAUUCCAAGGCAUCUACCGAGGAAAGCAAUAUCACGAACCAGAUUUUGCAGAAGUCCUAAAAAGAGCCCGAGACCAUGGCUGUGAAAAGAUCAUGCUCACCACCAUGAAUCUGAAAGGCGCAAAACAAAACCUGCAGGCAGUGAGGGAGUUCCCGGAUAUGUGCAAAAUGACCUUGGGCGUGCAUCCAUACCACGCCGCCGAGAUCUACGAACAGCCGGAAUCAGAAUAUCUCAACUCGCUGCGCGAACUGGGCGAAAGUCUUCUAGCCGAGACGCCGUCGCCCCUAGCCGCGUUUGGGGAAAUCGGGUUGGACUAUGAGUACCUGGAUCGGGCCGAUAAGGAAACGCAGCAGCGCGCAUUCCGCGAGCAAUUGGAGCUGGCCGUGCAAUUUCAAUUACCGCUGUUCUUGCAUGUCCGUGAAUCAGCUGAGGAUUUCAUUUCUAUCAUCAAGCCUUUCUUGCCGAGACUGCCGCGUGGCGGGCUGAUUAGUGUCAACGGUGUCUCGUUCCGGACGGAUGAACAAUUGGAAAUGGUUAGGAAUAUUCCUUUGGACAAGUUGCAACUGGAGACUGACGCGCCCUGGUGCGAGGUGCUGUCUAAUGACCCCAAAAUCGCGGUUUACUUGGAAACUGCGAGGCCUUUGCCGGCGAGUCGGAAACAUAACAAGUUUAUACUGGGGCAAAUGGUCAAGACACGCAAUGAAAGUUGUUUCAUGGAGCGUGUGGGAUUGGUUGUGGCGGGGUUGAAGGGUGUCGCCUUGGAAGAAGUCGCUGAGGCCGCUUGGAAUAAUAGUAGCCUGAUGUUUUGGUUGUGA